CCAUCAUGGCCCAACAACAACUGGCAAUCUGUAGUAGUACAACUCACGAAAAUCUGAAACUAUGAUGAAGGCAACAAUAUAUAUUUGGACGCUCGGGCUAAGCCUGCUGACAGUGGAUGCACAUCAUGAUCGAACAAUGAUAACUGGGAUAACAAGCUCUAAGCAAGAACCCAUGCUCGAUUCUCUCGCCUCGGCGCAGAAGGUGCUUGGUGAUACCGCUAACUCCUGCUACGUCUGCUCGUCGCCUUGCUCUCGAGCUGUCUGCUGUCAUGGAGAAUUCCCGCAAUGUUGCUCCGAUGGAGUCUAUUGCUAUUGCUGCCAAGAUUGAUUAUUUGCUGGUUUUGUCUAAAUAAGAGCCAUCUAGCCAAGGUAUCCGCGUGUACUGUAUCCCA